CAGAGGGUAAAGGUCUUGCUCCCAGCAGCCUCCGCGGUGGAUACGUCGCCAUCUUGGAUCCGCGGGACAAGAAAAUUCAUGCGAGGGAGAACUGGUGGGCGGUCCUUCCUGUGACACGACCCUUGAGUGACAGUUCUAUUUGAUUGCCUCCAGUACUGUGAGGAAAGGACACGACUCUAUGGUGAGGACUGAUGGACAUACAUUAUCUGAGAAAAGAAACUACCAGCCUCCAGCUCUGAGCUUUCCAAUCCCCAGAGUAGCAAAUGUUGAAAGAAGUUGCACAGGAAAAGGACCACUCUGCCAUGGAUGUGUUUCUGUCCCUGGGAAUAGGAUUCCAUGCCUGGGCCAGCAUUUGCCAGCAAUAUAGACAAUAAAUGAUUUCAGAGUGACAAACAGCAUGUUUGGUGCUUCAAGAAAGAAGUUUGUAGAGGGGGUCGACAGUGACUACCAUGACGAAAACAUGUACUACAGCCAGUCUUCUAUGUUUCCACAUCGGUCAGAAAAAGAUAUGCUGGCAUCACCAUCUACAUCAGGUCAGCUGUCUCAGUUUGGGGCAAGUUUAUACGGGCAACAAAGUGCACUAGGCCUUCCAAUGAGGGGGAUGAGCAACAAUACCCCUCAGUUAAAUCGCAGCUUAUCACAAGGCACUCAGUUACCGAGCCACGUCACGCCAACAACAGGGGUACCAACAAUGUCACUUCACACGCCUCCAUCUCCAAGCAGGGGUAUUUUGCCUAUGAAUCCUAGGAAUAUGAUGAACCACUCCCAGGUUGGUCAGGGCAUUGGAAUUCCUAGCAGGACAAAUAGCAUGAGCAGUUCAGGGUUAGGUAGCCCCAACAGAAGCUCGCCAAGCAUAAUAUGUAUGCCAAAGCAGCAGCCUUCUCGACAGCCUUUUACUGUGAACAGUAUGUCUGGAUUUGGAAUGAACAGGAAUCAGGCAUUUGGAAUGAAUAACUCCUUAUCAAGUAACAUUUUUAAUGGAACAGAUGGAAGUGAAAAUGUGACAGGAUUGGACCUUUCAGAUUUUCCAGCAUUAGCAGAUCGAAACAGAAGGGAAGGAAGUGGUAACCCAACUCCAUUAAUAAACCCCUUGGCUGGAAGAGCUCCUUAUGUUGGAAUGGUAACAAAACCAGCAAAUGAGCAAUCCCAGGACUUCUCAAUACACAACGAAGAUUUUCCAGCAUUACCUGGUUCCAGCUAUAAAGAUCCAACAUCAAGUAAUGAUGACAGUAAAUCUAAUUUGAAUACAUCUGGCAAGACAACUUCAAGUACAGAUGGACCCAAAUUCCCUGGAGAUAAAAGUUCAACAACACAAAAUAAUAACCAGCAGAAAAAAGGGAUCCAGGUGUUACCUGAUGGUCGGGUUACUAACAUUCCUCAAGGGAUGGUGACGGACCAAUUUGGAAUGAUUGGCCUGUUAACAUUUAUCAGGGCAGCAGAGACGGACCCAGGAAUGGUACAUCUUGCAUUAGGAAGUGACUUAACAACAUUAGGCCUCAAUCUGAACUCUCCUGAAAAUCUCUACCCCAAAUUUGCAUCACCCUGGGCAUCUUCACCUUGUCGACCUCAAGACAUAGACUUCCAUGUUCCAUCUGAGUACUUAACGAACAUUCACAUUAGGGAUAAGCUGGCUGCAAUAAAACUUGGCCGAUACGGAGAAGACCUGCUCUUCUAUCUCUAUUACAUGAAUGGAGGAGACGUAUUACAACUUUUAGCUGCAGUAGAGCUUUUUAACCGUGAUUGGAGAUACCACAAAGAAGAACGAGUAUGGAUUACCAGGGCACCAGGCAUGGAGCCAACAAUGAAAACCAAUACAUAUGAGAGGGGAACAUAUUACUUCUUUGACUGUCUUAACUGGAGGAAAGUAGCUAAGGAGUUUCAUCUGGAAUAUGACAAAUUAGAAGAACGGCCUCACCUGCCAUCCACCUUCAACUACAACCCUGCUCAGCAAGCCUUCUAAAAAAAGACUUCCCUUUUCUUGGGGUAUGGCUGUCUCAGCACAAUACUCAACAUAACUGCAGAACUGAUGUGGCUCAGGCACCCUGGUUUUAAUUCCUUGAGGAUCUGGCAAUUGGCUUAUGCAAAGGGUCACCAUUUGAGGUCCUGCCUUACUAAUUAUGUGCUGCCCAACAACUAAAUUUGUAAUUUGUUUUUCUCUAGUUUGAGCAGGGUCUGAAUUUUUUUUUUUUUUCAUUUAUUUUCUUUUUUUGCCAGCAGACAGACUUGAGUCUGUAAAGACAAGCAAGUACACUGACAGAAGUUUACCAUUUAGUUUCUAAAAUGUAAAAAAAGAAAACCCACAAAAGACUCAACAAAAUUAGACCACAAAAUUUGCAUUGUUCAUUGUAGCACUAUUGGUAAUAAAAUAACAAAUGUUUGUGCAUUUUUAUGUGAAGAUCCUUCUCGUAUUUCAUUUGGAAAGAUGAGCAAGGUCUGCUUCCUUCAUUUUACUUCCCCUUCUGUUUUUGAAAGGCAGUUUCGCCAAGCUUAACGCAAGAAUAUCUGACUGUUUAGAAGAAAGAUAUUGCCACAAUCUCUGGAUGGUUUCCAGGGUUGUGUUAUUACUGAGCUUCAUCUUUCCAGAAUGAGCAAAACACUGUCCAGUCUUUGUUACGAUUUUGUAAUAAAUGUGUACAUUUUUUUUAAAUUUUUGGACAUCACAUGAAUAAAGGUAUGUAUGUACGAAUGUGUAUAUAUUAUAUAUAUGACAUCUAUUUUGGAAAAUGUUUGCCCUGCUGUACCUCAUUUUUAGGAGGUGUGCAUGGAUGCAAUAUAUGAAAAUGGGACAUUCUGGAACUGCUGGUCAGGGGACUUUGUCGCCCUGUGCACUAAAGGGCCAGAUUUUCAGCAGCCAAGGACAUCCAUACCCAAGUGAAUGUGAUGGGACUUAAAGAAGUGAACUGAGACAAUUCACUCUGGCUGUUUGAACAGCAGCGUUUCAUAGGAAGAGAAAAAAAGAUCAAUCUUGUAUUUUCUGACCACAUAAAGGCUUCUUCUCUUUGUAAUAAAGUAGAAAAGCUCUCCUCA